GUUGAAUAUAUAAACCAGUUCCACCUUCCUCCUGUCUUUCCUCUCUGCAUUAUUUCCCCACUGUCUCUUUUCCUUCUCUACUCAAUUCACGGGAGGAGAAAGAAAGAAAAACAAUCCUCAAGUUUCAAUCUUUAAAACUGUUUCAGCUCAAACGAAAACAAGACAACAAAACAAUGGCUUUCGAAAAGAUCAAGGUUGCCAACCCCAUCGUUGAAAUGGACGGAGAUGAAAUGACCAGAAUUUUCUGGCAAUCAAUAAAGGAUAAGCUUAUUUUCCCCUUUGUGGAGUUGGAUAUCAAGUACUUUGACCUUGGUCUCCCUCACCGUGAUGCCACUGAUGAUAAAGUCACUGUUGAAAGUGCCGAAGCUGCUCUUAAGUACAACGUAGCAAUCAAGUGUGCAACUAUUACUCCAGAUGAAGCUCGUGUCAAGGAGUUUAAUUUGAAGCAGAUGUGGAAGAGUCCAAAUGGAACAAUCAGGAACAUCUUGAAUGGCACUGUCUUCAGAGAACCAAUUAUUUGCAAAAACAUCCCCCGCCUUGUCCCAGGUUGGACAAGGCCAAUUUGCAUUGGAAGACAUGCUUUUGGUGAUCAAUAUCGAGCAACUGAUGCAGUUAUCAAAGGAGCUGGCAAGCUCAAGCUAGUGUUUGUGCCAGAAGGACAGGAUGAGAAGACUGAGUUGGAGGUUUACAACUUUACAGGUGCUGGUGGGGUGGCAUUGGCCAUGUAUAACACUGAUGAGUCCAUCCGUGCUUUUGCUGAGGCUUCCAUGAACACUGCUUACCAGAAGAAGUGGCCACUUUAUCUCAGCACAAAAAAUACCAUUCUUAAGAAGUAUGAUGGAAGAUUCAAGGACAUCUUUCAAGAAGUCUACGAGGCCAACUGGAAAUCAAAGUAUGAGGCCGCGGGAAUAUGGUAUGAACACCGACUCAUUGAUGAUAUGGUUGCUUAUGCUCUUAAGAGUGAAGGAGGGUAUGUAUGGGCAUGCAAAAACUAUGAUGGAGAUGUGCAGAGUGAUUUCUUGGCCCAAGGUUUUGGAUCUCUUGGCUUGAUGACCUCUGUAUUGGUGUGCCCAGAUGGAAAGACUAUAGAGGCUGAAGCAGCCCAUGGCACUGUUACUCGGCAUUACAGGGUUCACCAGAAAGGUGGUGAAACCAGCACAAACAGUAUUGCCUCUAUUUUUGCUUGGUCAAAAGGACUUGCCCACAGGGCUAAGUUGGAUGACAAUGCCAGACUCUUGGAUUUCACUGAGAAACUAGAGGCAGCCUGUAUCGGAGCUGUGGAGUCUGGCAAGAUGACCAAGGAUCUCGCUCUGCUUAUCCAUGGAUCUAAGGUUAGUAGGGACCAUUACCUCAAUACCGAGGAGUUUAUUGAUGCUGUGGCGGAGGAGCUGAAAGCCAGACUUUCUAUCAAGGCAUAACUGACUUUGCAUGCAAAGUGAGCAGCGAAGGUAAUAAAGGAGAGGGAAAGAUGGAAGAGUAGGGAACUCAUGAAUUUAAACAACUCAGCUUUAUUUUCUUCUUUCCAGUCUCUUGUUUGAUUCAAUUCAAUAUCAUUUCAACUGUAAUUUUUGUCGCCGACUAGUUUACUGCAAGGCGGUUCUUAAUCUCAAAUCUCUGCUUACUCGAUGGCUA